CUGUGUGUUUCUUCCAAUCCUGAGGGGGCAGCGGUGAGUCCGGCGGCGCUCGGGGUUGUUUCGCGGUCACUGCGGCUCCGUGUAUUUGUUGAAAUGGCGAAGUUUGGCGAUUUAAAAGCCUUUCUUGAAUCUUCAUUAAAUGAAAUCUUCCGCGCGACCGUCAGUGACAUUCUGGAUUCAGUGGAGCAAACAGUCGGCGAGUAUCAGCUUAAAAUUCAGCGAAUUGAGUCCGAAAAUGAAGAUCUGAGAAAACGACUUUGUGCAAAAGAUAAAAGGACAAAUUAUGUCAAAACAGAAGAUGAAGACUGUGUUGUGGCUCAGCUUGACUUUUCAAGAGACACUUUCAGCCAGACUUCAUCUGCUCAAAUGAGUGAAUACAAUGAUCAGACGAAGAUGGCUGGAGAUUUACUGUGCAGCCGUACAAAAUCACAAACCACAGAUGUCACGCCGUUCCAACUAAACAAGGACUGUGCAACAACAUAUUUAUUUGUAAAGGCCGACCCAGACACAGAGGACGGAUGUGCCGUUGACCUUUCAAAUCCUCAUGCUUCUCCUAAAUACACCAGUAAAGAAAUAAAAAUAGAGGAUACUAACGAGAACUUUGACUCUGAACGUCACACUUUAUUCAAACGUCCUUUAGAGCCAGAGAUCAACUCUAAUGACUGUGACGUUAAAGUUACAGUAGUGUCAGACAAACACCUUUAUCAUGUUGAUGAGGGUGAGUGCAGCAGACAUGCAGCGUUGGAGGAGGAAGUACGGGAGUCACCAGAGCCCGAUAUCAUCUUUGAUGAGUCCAAUCCAGACAGACUGUCCGAUGAGGGAUCUUCUGGAUUGCUUCAUAUGAUGGCGUCGCCGCCAAACUCACAAGAGCUGAGACCAAACUAUUCCUACGGUCAGUUUAACAAGAGCUUCAAGCACGAAGCAUCGCUCAGCGUCCACUUGAGAUCUCAAAGCUCGGAGAAGACGCACAUCUGCGGCCAGUGCGGGAAGGGGUUCGACCGAGCCGAUCUCCUGAAGAACCACCAGCGCACGCACACGGGAGAAAGACCCUUCGCCUGUAACCUGUGCGGGAAGAGCUACGGCCACCAGGGCCAGCUGCGCAUCCACAAGAGGAUCCACACAGGCGAGAGGCCGUACUGCUGCCCGCACUGCGGCAAACGAUUCAAUGAACACAACCAGCUUAAAGUCCACCUACGGACCCACACGGGCGAGCGGCCAUACACCUGCACCGUAUGUAGCAAAACCUUCACCAACGCCGGAAACCUGAGGAGCCACCAGAGAGUCCACACCGGAGAGAAGCCGUAUGCCUGCGGCCAGUGCGGGAAGAGGUUUAACGGUAUGGGUGACCUUAAAACACACUACCGCAUCCACACGGGCGAAAAGCCAUACCGCUGCGAGCUGUGCACCAAGACCUUCAGCCAGGCUGGGCAUCUGACCAUCCACAAGCGCAUGCACACCGGCGAGAGGCCGUAUGGCUGUGGUGAGUGCGGGAAGCGCUUCACGGUGGCCAGUAGCCUGAAACUGCACCAAUUAACACACACCGGAGAGAAAUUGCACACCUGCUCGCACUGCGAUAAGAGCUUCAGCCGGGCCGGACACCUCAAGAGACACGAGCUGGUCCACUCCAAAGAGAAGCUGUAUUGCUGCACGCACUGCGACAGGAAAUACAGUGACCAGUCGUCUCUGAAGAAACACCAGAAACUGCACAUGACGGCCCAGAAUGAAGGCGACCGGAGCGCUGCUGCCGCGCUUGACACAGAGUAACGGUGACCAGACCGUAACGUGUUCCUGCAUCUUCAUUCAUCCUCCUCAUCAUGUUCCUCAGUAUCGCAUCUUACAAUAAACAUGUUGAAUCUGCUGGGCUACAGUGACUGUUUGAUUGAAAUGAUGGUUCCUGUGAUUGAAAAUAUAAUUUUGACAUGCAUUGAAUUAUAAGGAUCAUGAGA